GAGAUAACGCUUAUCGUUGUAAUGCACAGCAUAGCCUAGAUGAAGUCCUAUCAAUAACUGAUAACUGUAUUCAUCUGUACAAAUAUGUCAGUUAUGAAGGAAGAUCACAAAUGUAAUGGAAACUAAUUCGAUUUAAGCUAUACUAUUUUAAAAUUUUCAGAUAUAAUAAGUCUAGCAACAUGGUUAUCAGCGUUAAUGAAUUAAAAUGCCGGCAUAGAAUCCUGGUUAUACUUGUUUUAGUAAUAGGUAUGUAUGACUUUUAUAUUGUAUUUUGAUUAUUAAUUACUAGUAAUAACAAUCCACUUUUAACUGUUGCUAUCUUUCGGGUUGUUCUUUUUUUUUUCUUGGUUUAUUUUCUCGAAUAAUAUAGCAUUUGUAGCAAGCAUUCUACCUUUUGACACAGUUCUGACAAUCAAAGAAUGGAUUAAUAAAAAAUAAUCGAGGUGCAAGAUAUGUUGAAAAACAAAUACUGUUACCCAUUUACAUCCUGGAGUUUUUUUUCACAAAAUGAUGCUAUGCUUAAUCUAUAUUUACUAUAGAUUUGAAAUUAUGUUGCGAUUUCUUUCAACUUUAGGCUAUGCAAAUGCUGGAUCGCCUUAUAUAGCUGAAUCUAUCCCCGACAGCUCAUAUUCAUCUCAAUAUGAGAAUUUCAAUGGAACUGUUUGUAAACUUCACAUAAAGGAUUCUGAUGGAAAUGACCACAUCAGAGUUAAACCGGACAGUGACGAUACACGCAUUUAUUUCAGUUUUGAACCAGAGAAUGGUACAAAUGAUGUCUGGAUCAAUAUAAUAACAAAACAAGAUUUAGACAGGGAAACCUUAGGAGGUACGAUAAACAUAAAACUCAUAAUUACUGAUGAUCAACACAAUGAGAUUAAAUAUGAACAUUUAGUUUAUAUCCUUGACGUAAACGACAAUGCACCAAAGUUUUACAAUUUGCCUUACACAUUAAAGAUAGAUGAGUUACCCUGCAACAACAACAACAACACGAUUGUUUACGAUAAGAUCAAAGCUAACGAUAUAGACAAUGGCAAAAAUGGAACAGUAACUUAUUCUAUGAAGCCAAUAGCGCAGACUCCUGAAUUGGAGGACGUGUACAAGAAAAAAUUUUCAAUUGACGUAUCCACAGGUGAUGUAUCUUUAGAAGAAUGUUUAGACUACGAAACUAAUAGUUAUUACCAAUUUAAUGUAAUUGCAACGGAUGGUGGGCCAAACGGAGGUAAAAGCAGUAGUGCUGAGCUUAUAAUCCGUGUUCAAGAUGUGCAGGACAUGCCUCCUUUCUUUACUGGUUUACCGUACAUGAUGACCGCUCAUGAAAAUAUCAAAAAUAAUGCAUCACUGAUUAAAGUCGCUGCUAAGGAUGGUGAUACCGGUGUAUCUAAUAGAGUGUCUUACAGUAUAUCAGGUAUGUUUGUACCAUAG